AUGUCCGCGGCGGCGGCGGUGGCCGGGCAGGAGGUGUCGCCGGCCAUCGUGGCCGUGGCCGAGGCGGAGGAGUGGGAGGUGUGCGCGUGCUGCGGGCUCAGGGAGGAGUGCACGCCGGCGUACGCGGCCGGCGUGCGCGCGCGGUACGGCGGGCGCUGGCUGUGCGGGCUCUGCGGCGACGCCGUGGGCGAGGAGGUCGCCGCCGGGGGCGGGUCGGUGCUGGAGGUCGAGGCGGCGAUCGCGGGGCACGCCGCCUUCUGCCGCGCGCUCGGUGGGGGGACGCCGGCCGCGGCCGAGCGGCUCAUCGCGGCGGUGCGGCGGCUGCUCCGCAACGCCGACGCGGGCGGCAAGCAGAAGGACAAGGCCGUGGUGGUGGUGGAGUUCCAGGAGGCCGCCUCUUGA